GCUGACGAAGAGCUGGUCAUAGUGGGCGAAUUCCAUAGCUGGUCAGAGUGUGCGAUUAUGGAGGACUCGCUUAGAAAGCAAGUACAUGUAAUUUCCAUGAAUCUUAAGAACUUAAUUAGGGUUUUGGAUUAUGGGGUUGGCUCUGGAUGAUGGGAACAACAGUUUGGCUUAGGGAUUAGCUUUGGUUUAUCUUCCUCCGCUACUUGUGUUCUUAUGCAAGUCAUUUCUUUACUCUUCUAUUAUGCAACUCGGGUGUCGUUCUCUACAGAGCUGGAAUUUUGUAUUCUCGUUUGUGCGAGUUUGUUUGGGGUCUGGUGUAUUUUGGUGGUUGUUGUUUGGGGUUUGUUUCAAUGUUGUUGAUUCCAUCGCUUUAGCUCAUUUGUGUAUGUAUGUAGAUUGAUUAACCAUGUUCCUGUUAGAUAUAGUCUGCUGGUAGACAAACUAGUAUACUGCCAAGAUUUCCCCCUUUUCUUUAAUAUAUUGUUCUUACUAUGUCAACCAGCCUAGAUAGAUUUAAAUCAUCUUAUACCCAAAGAAAUUUUGCUGCAUAAGUUGAGUUUUGUCGUAGUUGUAGUUUAGUGCAGUGGGUAUUUGCGUUUAGGUUUGUUUUGGCUGCUGUAAAUGGGUCAUGAUGUUUGUAAUCUUUGGUUCAAGGUUGUUGGUGUCUUACUACUACUAGUAAUCGGUAUCAGUUUAGCUAGCUAGGUAUCCAUAGUGAGAUAGGUCAUGUUGCCAAGGAUUUGGUGUCUUCCUCUUAGGAGUGUAGUUGGUUUAAAAGACAGUUAGGAGGUGAGUUUAGAUACAGUUUAGAGCUUCAAAAUAUUAUACUAAAAGGCUUAAUUUGGAGUUCCAGUUACUUCACUAGGCUGUGAAUUGGUGGAAGCGGGAGACUUUUGUCUUGUUUUAUGGCCUCGGCUUGUUCCUUGUAUUGAGCAUGUCAUUGCUUGCUGUUUGGAGGCCUUUGACCAACCAUACAAUAAGUUUGAUGGCUACUGCUAGCUUAGUAGGUGCAUAUUUAUAAUUGAUCAUCAUAUCUUAAUUCAUCUCUUUGUCUAAAGAUGAGAUGUUGCAUCCCCAUAAUUAGUUAGCUAAUUUGCUACAUGUUUGUUAAGCUUCAGAACAUCAAUAUAGUUUAUUCUUUGGUAGUCAUUCCUGUUGAAGCAUUUUACUGGUGCAUCUGUUUCUCUUUUCUUUUUUAUUUGUACCCUAUUUUCCAUUUUCUAAUUAAUGAAUCAAUUUCACCCUUAAAAAACGAAAGAAAUGAAAAUGAGAAGUUGUCGUCAAUGGUGUGUUAAGAGCAGCUGCUAGCUUACUUGGACAAGAUGGCUCUCUCUCCUCUCCUCUCUCUUUGGUUGGAUGAAUAAUUAGAACAGUUAGGUCAUUACCGUCAGUAAAAGAAAAAUGUUGGAUUACAAACCAAAACAUAAUUUUAAACACAGAAGGAAAUGGAUAAGAGUUUUGUCAUGGGCUUAUAUAUUUGUUUUCAUGUACAGUAUAUGUCAGGGAAAGUAGCAGACCACUUGAAAGUUAAAGUCGGAAUCUUGGGUUGAAGAAACAACGACAUCUAUUAAGGUAAAGUACCCUAUGCUGACUUUCUGGUUCAAAGAUUCCCUAGGAAGUUCACUCCCCAUUACUUAAAUCGUCAAACCCUACCCUGCUAUAUGCAUAAAAAUUUCUCAAACACCCACUUUAUAUAUAUAUGUGUGUGAAUGGUAUUUUGAUUCUCAUGAUGGACUAACACUCUAUUAGGGGUUACAAAUGGAUAAGUCGUGGAUUUCUAUGCCUCAUAAUACACCAGAAUAUAUGUAUGGCUUAGAGAAAUUUUUGGAUUUUGCUUUUGCACACAACCUUGGAGUAGAGGUCAUACUAUGUCCUUGCCCCAAGUGUAGCUUCAAGAAAUGGCUAAAAAGGAACGUAGUAUAUGAUCACUUGAUACGAAAGCCCUUUCCAUUGGGUUACAAGUUUUGGUUUCGACAUGGAGAAUCUCUCGAAGAGACCUCUGUUGGCACAACUGUUGAAGGAGAACCAGAACCACACACAGUUGAAGAAUCUCUACCUAGCCCACUUUCCUUUCAUGUAUCUUUUUGAAUUUAAUUUUUGGGUUGCUGUCUCUUUAUGUUUGUAGCCGAAACUUUGGAUUGAAGCCGGGCAAAUGGACAUAGCAUACCACUACAUUCUUCAGGAUUUGGGUAAUAAAUGGAGGAACAAUAGGAUUCGGCUUUGGAAUGUGGGGUUUAAGGUGGAGAAAAGCAGAGAAGAGAACAUUACAAAUCAUCCUCCACACAUUCCUCCUGAGCAGUGGGCUAUGUUCAUUGAUUACCGUUUACGACCUGAUACUCAGAAAAUAUGCAAGAUUAACACAAUCAACAAGCGGAAACAUGAGACUCCUCACACUGGUGGCUCAAAGAAGAAUAGCAUAAGGAAAGAGGAAAUGGAGAAAAUAAAAGCAAUUGAAGCUACUGGGCCAGUACCUGCUAAAGCUAGUCGUACUGAUUCUCUUAGUCAGGUGCUCGGUCCUGAACAUCCAGGCCGUACUCGAACCAUGGGAGCUGGAGUUGCUCCUACACAGGUCUUUGGUUUCUCUUCGUGUCAUGGAAAUCAUUCAUCUUCUUGUAGCACAGGCUCUCUUUCUCUAGAGGAAGUGCUUCACCAAGUACAAACUCAGCUACGGGAAGAGAGGGCACACAGAAUGAAUGUAGAAGCUGUACUUGCUCAUGUUCUGUCCCAGACGGGAAUCAUUCUACCCCCGGAGCUUGCGUUGUCAAAUCAACCUCCAUACCAAAACCAAGCUUCUUCGCAUUCCUCUACUCAUAAUGACAGCUAGGUAGUAGUUCGGGAUUUGAAGUUCAAGGGAUGAAGAUAUUUUGCAGCCACUUCACUUGCCGACUGUCGAUGUUAAUGCAAGUAAUUUGUAGGAACCAUGAAUGGAUAGUACUUUGGCGAGUAUGUUUUGUGGCAACUUAAAAUGUAAUGGGUUUUCUAUCCCAAACAAUAGAUCUUCAACUCUAGCUUUAUGAUGAAUUCCGAAACAUGUAAUCUAGAAGUACAGAAUGAUGUGCUUGUGAUGAAUGUAUCUACUCAAUUUCAGAACAUGUGUUUUUUAUAUGGAUUUCUUAUGCAGAGUGAUACAUUAGAGGUGCCAAAAUAAGAGCAUCCAUUUUGU